AGCCAUGGCUGUUGCUUCAUCAUCUGCUACAGUGGUUUUGGGGGUUUUAUCUUCUCCUAAAAACCUUAAAUCUCUUUGCAAGUUCAAACCUUUUCUCCUCCCUCUACUCCCCCAUUCACCUAUUACUCAAUCCACACUUACUUUCUCUGCCCGUAAAAACAACCCCAACUCCGCAAUUACUUCGUCUUCUAAAAAGAAGAAGAACAACAGCAGCAGCAACAAGAACAAGCAGAGUUUGACUAAAAAGAGUGAAGUAGAGGUUGUAGAUGAUAUAGAUGAAGAUGCUAUUGAGGCACUAUUUAAUCAGCUGGAAGAAGACCUUAAAAGUGAUGGAUCCUUUGAAGAUGGUGAUGAUGAUUUAACUGAGGAAGACCUAGCUAGGCUUGAAAAAGAGUUGAAGGAGGCUUUUGGUGAAGAUGCUGAUUUAUUUGAAAUGUUGCAAUUAAGUGAAGAGGACAUUCAAAACAGUGAUGAUGCUGAAGAUGGGGAAAAAGACGAAGAAGAUGAAGAAGAGGAAGAGAUUGAUGAUGAUGAUGAUGACGACGACGAAGAAGAAAGUCCAGUGCAGCUUAAAAAUUGGCAGCUGCGACGGUUGGCUACAGCUUUGAAGAUUGGUCGGCGCAAAAUCAGUAUACAGACCCUUGCUGCUGAGCUCUGUCUUGAUAGGGCCGUGGUCCUUGAAUUGCUUCGUGAACCUCCGCCAAAUCUUCUUAUGUUGUCUGCUGCUUUACCUGACAUAGUUGUGCCCAAACCUAUAGAGAUUGAAGCUAAACCUAUAGAAGUCUCUACAGAAACGGUUGGGGAUGUCUCGGAACCUUCUGUGGAAGCAAGUGAUAGUGUCGUAGAACCUGACCCUAAGGUAAACGUUCCAGUCCAUGCCAUGCAAAGUAGAUGGUCUGCUCAAAAGAGACUGAAGAAAGUGCAAAUUGAAACCCUUGAACGAGUUUAUCUUCGUAGUAAGCGGCCAACUAAUGCUAUGAUCAGCAGUAUUGUGCAUGUAACAAACCUGCCGAAAAAACGAGUUGUUAAAUGGUUUGAAGACAAACGUGCUGAAGAUGGGAUCGCUGAGGACCGCCUGCCAUAUCAACGGUCAAAGUCUGAGACCGUCUCUACCAGUUAAUUUUGUAGACAGGAAAGCGGCUUGUACUUUUGUAAUAUCAAGAUUGAGACAUAUGCGAAUGAAGUCAAUGAAAUAUUUUCAACUCUUUGAUACAGGCAUUGACCAUGGCAUCAAAAAUGGGCGGCAUUUUAAGAUCUGUGGAAAUGGGAAAGCGCUUCCCUUGUCUUGAAGUAGACAAAAAAUCAGUCAAAACUUAUAUUAAAACAUAUAUUCUGACAAUUGACCGUGGUGCUUUCUUGGUCUGUGUCUGUAUCUCCUGAUCUAAAAAUUGGACUCCUUCAAAGAACAAAAUAGAAGUCGCUGUGUACCAGUUGCAGUCUUUUGAACUGCAGUAAGAAAAAACUAGUCUGAAUUAGUGAUAGUAAAGUUUCAAAUA